AUGGGUGAUAAAGGUGACAGAGGAGAUAAAGGCAUGCCAGGGAAAAACGGUAAAGAAGGUCCCCAUGGUUACCGGGGUCCCAUGGGUCCUCAAGGGACUAAGGGCCAAGCGGGCGCCCCGGGAGAUGCCUGUAAGUCGCAGCACUCCUCCUUCUCUGUAGGGAGACGUAAAUCCCUCCACAGUAUAGACUACUACCAGGCCCUGGUGUUUGACACGGUGUUCGUCAACCUCUACGAGCACUUCAACAUGUUCAAAGGUAAAUUCUACUGCUUCGUCCCAGGUAUCUACUUCUUCAACGUGAACAUUCACACGUGGAACUUCAAGGAGACCUACCUCCACCUGAUGCACAACGACAAGGAGCAGGUGAUCCUGUACGCCCAGCCCAGUGAGAGGUCCAUCAUGCAGAGUCAGAGUGUUAUGAUGGACCUGGCGCUGAACGACGAGGUCUGGGUCAGGCUCUACAAGAGGGAGAGGGAGAACGCCGUCUAUAGUGAUGACGUGGAUGUCUAUAUUACCUUUAAUGGAUACCUGGUGGCGCCUAGUGUCCAGUGAUCAGGGUGGAGGAAGAGGGGGAGGAAACUGUGUUGGAUUUAGGUUGUUUUAUCAUGCCUAAAGUUCAGUGAUGAAAAAAGAGGAAAGAAGAGAGAGGGAACUUGCGCCGGUGUUGGAUUUUUGAUUUUGCUUGUGCCUAUAUUGCCUUCAGUGCUCACCAAAUUCAAAUGGAAUCUGGUUUGAUUUUGGUUGUCCCUUUGCAGUGCCUUCAGUGCUCACCAAAUGGAAACUCUGGGUUGAUUUUGAUUGUUCCUUUGUGGUGCUUUCAGUGCUCACCAAAUGUAAACUCUGUGUUAGAUUUUGUUUGUCCUUCCGUUGUGCCUAAAGCAGCCAAUGAUACAAAUGACCUGCACACACGUUUUCCUCUGCCUUACGAUGUAUUCCUCUCAGGUACUUUGAAUGGGGAGGGUUGUGGGCUGCAUCACUAUGCAGUGUUGUGUAGUCCCAGUCCCAGUGUUGUGUAGUCCUAGUCCCACCAAAAAGACAUAUUUUCAAUGUCUUUUCAGUGUCUUUUCAACAUCUUUUGAUCAUAGGCUGGUUUUGGGACUAGACUUGAAUGGACCCUGCAUUGAACUGUUGCUAUGGUGACCUCGAGGAAAGCUUUAAAAG